AUGGGCCAUUCAAAGCCCGCGAAUUCUCGCAAGGGACUCGGAAAUCGUAGACCUGGUAAAAACCAUGCGCCGAAGCCCGCACGAGCAACACAAGUCGCACCCCUGACGACGGUUGCGAGACCACCUAGUCCCUCAACACCAGAUGUUUCCCAGGACACACCUCGAUUCUCUGAGCUACAGGGCAAGAAUCUCCUACAUCCGACCAUCCUUGAAACUUUGACAGAUGACCUCCAUUUCGACCAUAUGAUGCCGGUCCAAGCGGCCACGCUGGAAAUACUCCUGCAGGGAAAGGACUGUUUGGCGCAGGCAAAGACUGGAACUGGCAAGACGCUUGCUUUUCUACUUCCGGCGAUCCAAACGAUCAUGAAGAACAGGACCUCAUCGCGAUUGUCUGCGCUCGUUCUGUGUCCUACAAGAGAACUUGCUCUGCAGACCGCUGUCGAAGCACAGAAGGUUCUGGGAAGGCUCCCACAAAUCAAAGUUGCGACUGCGAUUGGAGGAACGAACAAGAACAAGGAGUCAACAAUCCUCCACGGGGGAUGUGACAUCCUUGUCGCAACUCCCGGCAGGCUAUUGGAUCACCUCAGCGAAGAAUCGAUUGUGGACUUGUUCGAUGGCCUCCAGACCCUAGUACUUGACGAAGCAGACAGAAUGGUCGACAUGGGUUUCCUGCCAGACAUGAAGAAGAUAUUAAGCUAUCUUCCCAAACUCCCUCGACAUACCAUGCUUUUCUCUGCCACCAUCGACGAUCAACUCAGAAAUGUGGGCCGCGUCUUUUUGAACAGCGAAUAUCAAUUCGUCUCAACCAUUCCGAAAGGCGAAGCAAAUACUCACGAGCGCGUUGAUCAAUACCUAGUCUCAGUCCCUGGUUUCGUCGACCACGCUCCAGCUCUGACUUCCGCCGUGAAAUCCGAACUGUCUCAAUCAAAACCCUUCAAGGCCAUCGUCUUCGCAACCACUGCAGCUCAGGCCGACUUCUAUGGACAGCUGUUGGGAUCCAUUGACGGCCUCCCUCAGCAAUUCGUUCUGCAUUCUAGGCUGUCGCAGUCUCGGCGGACUAACAUCACGAGCGAAUUUCGACAAGCGACAAAUGCAAUCUGUGUGGCGACCGAUGUCAUUGCUCGUGGCAUGGAUUUCCCGGCUGUUACACACGUGUUCCAAGUAGGCGUCCCAAUGGACAGGGAAACUUACAUCCAUCGCUUGGGCCGUACGGCACGCGCAGGUGCCGAAGGUCGUGGUAUCCUUAUCUUAAGCAUGGUGGAGAAGGUGUUCCUAAGACAAUUGAAAAAUAUCUCAGUGAAAGACUAUCCAAUUGAAGUGGAUCUUCAGGACGCCCAGUCCGCAUUAGCCAAAGUGGAUCCCGAAAUCAAACGCAAGGUAUAUCAAGCAUGGUUGGGGUAUCACAAGAGUUUCAUAAGGUCUUUCGGAUGGUCUGCGGAGGAGCUUGUCGGUGAGGCCAACAAGCUCGCGCUGGAAGGGCUUGGCUGCGCUGAGGUACCAGGCAUGUACAAGAAAACCAUCAAUAUGAUGGGCUUGAAAGGAGUUCGGGGUCUGGUGGUCCUUCCGAAUGCCCCUGGCUCAAAUAACCCGGGACAACGAGGCGGUGGUGAAGGGCGCUUGAAGGGGAGAGCACCUGGCAGGGAUUCAUCCAACGUGAGGCGCAGCCAUCGGACCGUGGAAUAG